CCUGAAUCAUACGUCCCGCCACUAGCGGCGAGCUCUAGAGGAAGACAGUGUAGUCUUGUCUUUCCUUCUUAGUCUGUUGCUGGUAUGACGCAUCACUCAAACACCUCUUAAAAAAGAUAAAAUUGGGGAUAUUUUUCAAUUCGAAGAAAGGCCUUUCCUACUCAAAUAAAACAUGGCAUUUCAACCAAACAACCCAACUUACUCUGCUCAGCCCGGGCAACCAAGCUCCGACUGGGCUGUCCCGGGGGUAGAUCAAGGGCCACCACCUCAAUAUAUAAAUCCAAUAAGUCAACCACCUGACCAACAACCACCUUUAGACCCAGACAACAAAAUUUACGGUGUAGCAGAAUCCGGAGGGCUCGGCGAUGCCGCGUUUGCCUUCUCUGAUCAGUCUAUCCGUAUGGUUUUCGUAAGGAAGGUGUACUCAAUUUUAAUGGUGCAACUUGCCAUCACGGUGGCAAUUAUAUCUCUCUUUGUGUACGAACCGAGCGUCCAGUUGUACGCAUUUGAACAUCCAGAAAUGUGGUUAAUUACGUUUCUCAUGGCCAUCGGCCUUAUAAUCGUUCUGGCUCGUUGCCACGAGUUCCGACGGCGCUGGCCUUUGAAUCUGAUUUUACUGGGACUUUUCACUCUUUGCGAAGGCUUUUUGCUGGGCACACUCUCGGCUUCCAACGAAUCGGAAGAAGUGCUAAUCGCCGUCGGUAUCUGCUCGGCUGUUUGUUUUGCGCUCACCAUUUUUGCUAUGCAGACUAAAUGGGAUUUCACGGCUUAUGGAGGAAUCCUCUUUGUUUGCGCCAUCGUUCUAAUUAUUUUCGGAAUCGUCGCCAUUUGCAUCCCCGGAGAUGUUACCCAACUCGUUUAUCCCUCGCUGGGCGCGUUACUUUUCAGCGUUUACCUAGUCUACGACACCCAAUUGAUGCUCGGUGGUAAGCACAAGCACUCGAUCUCCCCUGAAGAGUACAUCUUCGCAGCCCUCACUCUCUACGUGGACAUUAUCAACAUCUUCCAGUACGUGCUUUCCCUACUUCGAUUCACACGUAAAUAAAGGGCAAAGGACUAAAGGGUGGUAUAUAGCCUAAUUGUUGUCUUCCAUUUAUUGUCUAAUUAUUCAUAAACCUUAUCUUCAGGAUUAUUUCGUUUAGUCUUAGUUUUAACUGUCCAAUAAGUCAAAGUAAUCUUUAAAAGAAAUUUAAACUAGUUUGUUGUUUUUAAUAUUUAUAAUGUAAUUGAUUGGAAAUUGCUGUUACGUAUUUUUCAUGUAUUUUUAGCUUAUGCUUUUACUGUUAUUACGUGUUUGCUGGUACUUGAUUGUUUUCUGUUUACUCGAAAUUAACCGUUCCACUAUUAACAUUUGCUAUUUCUAUUACAUUCAGUCAUGAAUGAAUCUCGAACAUUUGCUAUUUCUGUUACAUUGUAUUCCGUUAUUAUCCAUCGAAUUCUGUCAUCAAUGUUGUCAAUGUCAAUAGAUGUCAAAGAAAUAUAUAGGUAGCGGGUAACCUAUACUCUUUCAAAA